UGCCGCCAAUCAGUGCCACCUAUCAGUGCCAGUCAGUGCCGCCUACCAGUGCCAUCAGUGCCGCCUAUCAGUGCCAGUCAGUGCCGCCUAUCAUUGCCAUAUAUGAGUGCUGCCUUUCAGUGCCCAUCCGUGAUGUCUGUAAAUGCCUAUCAGUGUCACCUACCAGUGCCUCUUCAUCAGUGCCCAUCAGUGCCACCUAUCAGUGUCCAUCAGUGCAGCCUAUCAGUGCCCAUCACUACAGUCUCAUUAGCGCACAUCAGUGAAGGAGAAAAAUCACUUAUUUACAAAAUCUUUUUAUAA